AUGUCCAGCACACGAACUAAGAAGAAGCAGCGAACCAGAACGCAGAGGUACACGUCUAACGUGUUUGCCAUGUUCAACCAGGCGCAGAUACAGGAGUUCAAGGAGGCUUUCAACAUGAUUGACCAGAACAGGGAUGGGUACAUCGACAAGGAGGACCUGUUCGAGAUGUACACGUCCCUGGGUAAGAACCCCACAGACAAGGACUUGGACAUCAUGAUCAACAUGGCGCCGGGGCCCAUCAACUUCACAAUGUUCCUCACCUUGUUUGGGGAGAAGCUCAACGGAACCGACCCUGAGGAGGUCAUCAGGAACGCUUUCGCUUGCUUUGAUGAGAGAAAUGCAGGUUACAUUCCCGAAGAAUACCUCCGUGAGUGUCUGAUGACCAUGGGUGACCGCUGGUCAGAGGACAUGGUGGAAGAGCUCCUCCAUGGAGCUCCCAUCCUAGAAGGUCGCUUCGACUACCAAGAGUUCACACGCACCCUCAAACAUGGUGCCAAGGAGAAGGAUGAAGUUCAAGGUCAGGCAGAAGGGCAAGGUCCAAGCAGUGAAGGUCAAGAAGACAGCAGUGCCAGUGCCACUGCUAGCACAGAGGUUAAAGGUUAA